GUUAAUGAUCUUUCUUGUCAUUGAUCUUGAAGCUGGUUGUAAUUGUUUGCUCUUGAAGUAAAAUGUCUGCAUUAAGCGUCGUCAUGAAUAAAUCGCUUCCUUUGUUGACUUAUAACCGCAGGUACUUGGCGUUGUUUUUCUUUGCUGUUUGUUGUGCAGGAUCUUUAUUAAAGGACCUGGAUGUUGUUCCUAAGUCGCACUUCAGCAGCAGAACAAACCCGUUAAACGUCUAUUUUGUGAAAGUCUCUUGGGGAUGGAACCUGGUCCUGUUGAUACCGUUUAUAUUUCUGUCCAACUCCUACAACAGAAACCUCAUGUUCGUGUCCAAACGCCUCGCAUCUCUUGUGGUAGCCACAGCCUAUUGGUACAUCUGCACUGAGAUUUUUUUUUACAUUGAAAAUGUCUCAGGUAAAUGCUACGAGUCACCCGACAUGGAAAAGAUCCAAGAGGGUUUCAGCACAAAGACAGAAUGCAAAAAUGCUGGCAACUAUUGGGAAGGUUUUGACAUUUCCGGCCAUUCCUUCAUUUUAUCUUAUUCAACACUUCUAAUCAUGGAAGAAAUGGUUCCAAUGCUUCACCUUGUGAAACACUGCACAACCAGACCCAUAAUCCUUGAUGCCCUGUACCUCGCCCUUAGUGCUAUUUCACUUAUCUGGGUGUGGAUGUUUGCCUGCACUUCAGUGUAUUUCCAUAACAUGACCCAGAAGCUUCUGGGCACUGGGAUAGGUGUGUUUGGUUGGUGUGUGACCUAUAAGUGCUGGUACGUGAAACCUUUUUCACCUGGACUUCCUCCUACCCUGAGUGACCCUAAACAACAUGACUAGACUGAAGUCUUGAAAUAAUCACAGUGGAACAAACUGACAUGCAAAUCUAAGACACCAACCUUUUGACCAGGGUUAUAAGCAGGUACACUACAUGUGUUCGUGUCUGUCCUUUUUAAAGGUCGGUUGUGACCAAGGGAUUUGUACUCAUGCAAAUGGUUAGCAGCUGAUGUUUCCAAAACUGACUGUAAUCGGAGAGUGUAAAGCUUAUUGUUGCUAUUUGAUAAAAGUGGCUUCAGAUUGAGAAUUUAUGAAAUGUUCUCAGUGUGUGUCCCAAUUUAAGUGUGUCCCAAUGCUACGCUGGCUAUUGUUUUCUUAUUGGUCCAUCAGCCAUUCAAAAAAAUCUCCUUAACACUAGAACAGUUUCAGUUCGAGCAGAAUUUGUUGAUUAUAAUGAUGCUUAUGUUGUGUAGUAUCCUGUUGCUGUAUGUGUUACCCAUAAUGCACUGGGAGCAAAGAGUUUUAAAGGAAAAAAGUGUCAAUUUGGCUAGGUUUUAUAUAUAGCAUUGCUAGAGGUUAUAUUUGUUUAUCUCCAAGUACCUUUGAAUUCUUGAUUUUGAUUGGUCAGAAGAAGUUCAUUACAGCUUUAUGUCAAUGUGCAAGUUCUAACAGGUUAUCAUUCUUAUAGCAACAGCUUAUAUAAACAUAACAUAACAAACGCCUGUGUCUCAGAUCUCCCGUGUCAGUGAUUUUUGUUUUAAGGGGUAAAGUUGGAAUGUUAUUUUCCAAAAAAAAAUGUGAGAAUGAUUCAUUGGGUAACGUAAUUUUUUUUUUUUGGUCUUAUAAAUUGAGUUAAGGAGAAUGUUUACUUAAAACUAUAAAAAGUAUUAAAAUGAACCACAUUUGGUCAAUUGCUGAUGUAAGAACAAAUAAAAGACUUUUGGGACUUGCUGUUAACUUCAACCUUGCACUGUAUAUAACCUCUAUAUGUUAGGGUUUAAACUGUUCUAAAUGUCCUUCAGUGGCUCUGUGUCAGGUUGAGCCGAGCCCAUUUAUUGUUUUAUGUAGAACGCUAUUGUGUAGGCUAUUAUUUGUUAAUUAUCCUAAUAACUACAUACAGAACCAGUCACUCAGUCAAUCGUUAGUGUUCCUCAUUACAAGAUUUCUAUCAAACACUAGCUUUUGGGAUACACUGUAAAUAUAAUCUCAUUGUUAUUUUGUUAUAACUUAACGUCAUAUACAAGCGUUUGCCCUUAUAAUUAUUUAUCCUGCGCGGUUAGUUUUUCUUUUUGGCUGAAUAUUAUUUGUGUCAUACGUUAGAGAUGUUUGCAAAUGUCACACCUCAUAAAAUUACCUCUGAGUGUAAUGCAGGUUUUCCUGUAGCAUGUUUGAAACAUUAGCUAAAAACCUACAUGUAAAUGUCAUAUAUUAUGACACUUUAUUGCUGCAUUUGGGACUAAAAGUAUUGAAUGCUCUGCCUUUAAGAUAUUUGUAUGUAACCUAAGUGGCUUGUCUUGACUGAUUAACCCCUUAAAGUCCCAGUUA